AUGUGGUUCCAGGCAUCCUCCGGGCUGCUGCUACUGCUGCUGUCACCAUGUCUGGCGGUCCAGUUCCGGGAACCCCCAGCACCGACGCGCCAGUCAACCAGAACACCCGUCGAAGGUUGGAUCGACGUCAGACUGAACCAUUUCAUGGCAUCUGAUACACAAACAUUUAAAAUGCGUUAUUACUACAAUGACGAAUUCGCUGCUGACAACAUCGUAAUAGUGGUGGGAGGAGAGUGGCAGAUCACCCCAGGGUACCUGACUGGCGGACUUGCUUACGAACUGGCAGAGAAGAGCCGUGCAGCCUUGUUCUACACUGAACAUAGAUUUUACGGGUUGACUAGACCUUUUGAGGACACCAGCUUACCUGGCCUGGCUUACCUAACCGUUGAUCAGGCGCUGGCAGAUCUGGCCCAGUUUAUUGAGUACGUCAAGAGCGACAACUUUGAAAAUGGACGAUACAGACUACCUCAGGUCUUGCGAAAAAGAACCAAAGUUACUGUUAUAGCUCGUAGAAUGAGCUUGCAGAAGUUGCAAUGGAUUGGUCGCCUGUGUCGAGGAUUGAUGAUGGAGCAAACCGAUCUCAGAGUGGAGACUGUAGGACGUUUCCAGGACAACUGA